AUGGAAGGCCGGGGACUCACUCUCCGCAGCAAAAACCGCCGCCCGCGUCCUCAAAUUAGUGCGCCGAAGCCCAUCUCGGGCCCGCUCCCCCAGAACCACCAGGCCGCCGCUUCUGGCACUGGCACUACCUCCUCGGGCUCCGGUUCGCGCGAUUUUGCGCCGUCAAACCAUGCGACGUCGGACUUAGUCAAGCGAAGAUACUCUACCCGCUUCAAUCAAGUUCCUGACUUUGACGGUGCUCCUCCGGUUCCAAGUGUACCGCAAGUCCCAUCAGCUUAUGCAGGGCUUGGACCCCCGCAGCAAAACAGAAGGCCAUCAGCGGAACCGUCAGGGCCUCCUGAGGUAGAUCUGACUGCUCUACGGGAUCCAAGCUUACCGGUUGAUCGAUAUGUCACCAACCUGCUCGCGAAUGCCUCCGAAGAUGAUAUUAGGGAAUACCAACAGGCCCUAAAGAAAGUGAAGAACCGAACUUCGACCGACCUCCAACAAAAUGUAUACCAGAACCGUACCCAGUUCAUCCGCAUCAGUCAGGAGGCGGACAAGCUCAAGGGGGAGAUGAAAACUCUCCGCUCCCUGAUGGCCGAGCUCACUACUGCGUUGGGGCAGACGGCCAUUGGGGAUUCGCCGAACCCUAUGUCUCCUACGGAUGAGCGGGCAUCUAAGCGCAGUAACCGCAGCUCCGUCGCCAACUUGGAAAGCAUGUGGAACGUUCAGCUCCAGACGUUGUGGAAAAGCGUCGAAGGUUCGCAAAAGUUCUUGCCCAUGGUCCCUGGUCGACAUAUCGUUCUAGAGACCGGAAACUGGGCUGAACUUGACUCUGCAACAUGGAAGCCUAGACGUCCGGUUCAUCUCGUGCUUCUCAAUGACCAUCUGUUGGUCGCAGCGAAGAAGCGAAAAAGAGUCGACCAGAGCAAUCCGAAUCACCGCGGUCCAGUACCCACCAAGCUGGUCGCGGAAGAAUGUUGGCCCCUGCAGGAUAUCGAUAUGAUUGACCUGGGUGCCAACCUGGGUACUGGGUCUGCGCGCGAAGACGCAGAAGACCGUGGCAUCACCAGUGCUAUUAGUGUCCGUGUGGGCUCGAAGCCUUAUACAUAUCGCCAUGACAAACGGAAUAGCUCUGCCAAGGGGGAACUUUUGGCUACGUUUAGAAAAACUGUCGAAGACCUCCGGCGGAAUCUCCGAUCCGAGACCGAGGCGACGGGGAAGAAUGGCGAACCACUUGGGUAUAUGAACGCCAUAAACUCUAGAAACUCGUUGAUGUUCUCGCCGAAAACGGAUUUCAGCGAAGAUUCAGACAAUUCCCGUGACAGACCUGAGGUUCGCAUUGACGUUGAUGGAAAGCAGCAGAACUUGCGCUGGGUCGACAGCCAGGUUGAUGAGCUUGAUAUUGACAUUGCGCUUCAAAGAUUCGAAGAAGCUGUCUCAAACAUUGACCGAUUGCGAAAACUGGCGCGAGGUCUUAAAGGAAAUGCUGUCGCACAGGAUGUGAUCAACGCCAAGGUCGAUGAACGAGCUGCCCGACUGGCAGGUAAACUGUCGCGGUCUUUGGUUGAUACUCACGCAUUUCCGGUAAGGACAAAAACCAACGUCACCUGGCUCACUCGCCUGGGUUUCGAGGAUCAAGCUCGAGAGUCUUAUCUCAAGGCUCGAUCAGAGGUCAUCUCUAAGCGAAUUCGCGCAUGUAUAUUCGAAGGCGACCUCCCGCUCUAUAUAUUCCAAAUCUCAUACGUCUACUUUACCCUCAUUAAAAACACAAUCAGCAUCUACCAGCAAUGUUUCCCCUCCUUCAUGACAAGCGCCUGCAUAAAGUGGGCAAAGCACCACCUCGACGGCUUCAACACCCUCCUAACGCGCCAGCUGAGUAGCGUCCAGCGCGGUACAAUCGUCUGGCAGAAAUGCAUCGAUGUCGUACAUGAACAAGCUGAGAUCUUAACCGAGGUCGGCGUCGACUUCACCGACUUGGUUGCAAAGGGGCUAGAGGUGACAGAGGAGGAGAAAGCUGCGGCGCCGGAAAUGACGCGCUCAGAGUCGUUGAUUAUGGGGUUGGCGGAAGCAGCGAAUAAGAGCAAUGAAUGA